AUGACAUUAAUGUUCCAAGUUGAGUUUGACUUUGAACGGAAACCCAACAAUACGUGUAGACUAAUAAACAUCAGGAAUUAUCAGAAUCUCUUGGCCUUUGUAUAUGCUAUCACUGAAAUAAACAAGAACCCCAAACUGUUGCCCAAUACCACUCUGGGUUUCCACGUUGUAGAUCCUUGUUUAACCGAAGAAAAGGCAAUGACUGGAAUGAUUGACAUUUUCUCUGGAAAAGGGGUUCCCACUCCCAACUAUCGGUGUGGUCAUUCACCUAAGUUGGUGGCAUUUGUGGAUGGCAUAUCUUCUAAGGUGACUCUUCUUAUAGCCAGAGUCUUUGGAAUUUACAAAAUCCCACAGAUCAGUUAUGCAGCCAUGGAUCCAGUGUUAAGUAUUAUAAAUCAGUUUCCAUAUUUUUACCGCACUGUGCCUAAUGAAAUUGCCCAGUACGACGCACUUGUAAAGCUGAUACGAUAUUUUUCCUGGACGUGGGUGGGUGUAUUGGUUUCAGACAACGAAUCUGGCCUUAUAAUGAGCCAAAUGUUGCAGAAGGAGUUUGCACUCAAUGGAAUAUGUUUUGCCUUCCUUGAAUUCAUCCCAUAUCACGAUGGCUUGGAUUAUACCAAGAAAUUGCAGAUUGCCAGAUGUCUGAGUCACUCAGCUGCCAAUGUUAUUAUUUCUUAUGGUGACAGAGACCACAUGCUUACCUUACAUCUUAUAUUGUAUGAGUUUCCCAUAUCUGAAAAGGUGUGGAUCAUUUCCUUCCAGUGGGAUGUUGCCAGUGGAUUUGACUAUUAUUUUUUACGUUAUGAUCCUUUUAACGGGAGUUUGGCUUUUUCACUUCAUGCUAGUUCCAUCCCAGGUUUUGAGGAUUUUCUAUUAGCCCUAACUCCGGAUGAUUUUCCAAAUGAUAUCUUUAUUUAUUAUGCAUGGUGGGAAAUGUACUCGUGUGUGUGGAAAACAAACAAAACGUUUAUCAAAUGCAAUGGUACAGAGAAAAUGCAGAAAGAAUAUGAAAAUGUGUACAAAGAUUUAUCAUUUUACAGCUACAGUAUUUACAAUGCAGUGAACACUUUAGUAUACACUUUGCAUUAUUUGCAAUUACAGAAAAGGAAAGAAGCUCAUGACAUAGAGGCUUGGGAAAUGCACAAGUAUAUAAAGAAAAUCACUAUUACAGACGGUGAUGGGAAUGAGGUGCACUUUGAUGAGAAUGGUGACAUGCCUUCCGACUUUGACAUUUUAAAUUGGAUUGUUUACCCAAAUCAAACUCUCGAUGGCAUCAGAGUAGGAACAUAUGUACAGAGAUCCUCAUUCCCAGAACUAAGAAUUAAUGAAAGUCUAAUACGAUGGAGUCCAACUUUUAAUGGGACCCCACAUUCAACUUGCAGUGAAACUUGUCAUAUUGGAUACAAGAAGAAACCUAAAGUUGGAUUUGUAGCUUGCUGCUAUGACUGUGUUUCCUGCCCAGAGGGUGAGAUAUCCAAUCAGACAGGUGGAGAAUCCUGUCUUAAAUGUUUACUAAACCAAUGGCCUAAUUCAAACAGAAAUAUUUGCCUUGAUAAAGCCAUAACUUACUUAUCCUAUAAUGAGCCAUUAGGGGGAUCACUGGCUUUUUUAUCAGUUCUGUUUUUCAUCAUGACUUGUUUGGUUCUGAUGAUCUUCAUAAAAUACAGACACACACCUGUUGUUAAAGCCAAUAACCAACAUCUCAGCUACAUCCUCCUCGUCUCCCUCAAGAUUUCCUUUCUGUGUAAUUUGAUGUUCAUCAGACAUCCCCUCCAAGUCACCUGCAUUCUAAGACAAACAGUGUUUGGAGUGACCUUUUCGAUUGUAAUUUCUUCAGUUUUGGCUAAAACGGUAACUGUGGUUAUUGCCUUCAAUGCCACCAGGCCUGGAAGCAAAUUAAGGAAUUAUGUGGGAACCAGAGUGUCGAAUUCCAUUGUAAUAUUCUGUUCUUUGAUGCAAAUGAUAAUAUGCACCAGCUGGUUAGUGUUCUCCCCUCCAUUUCCUUAUUAUAACAUGGAAGAUGUCAUUGGUGUGAUAGUUGCUGAGUGCCAUGAACAUCCAAGCUAUGAAUUUUACUGCAUUUUGGGAUUUAUGGGAUUAUUGGCAGUUAUAAAUUUUAUUAUUGCUUUCUUUGCUCGAACAUUACCUGAUAUCUUCAACGAAGCCAAGUUUAUUACCUUCAGCAUGUUGCUGUUCUGCAGUGUGUGGAUCUCUUUUAUUCCAGCCUAUCUGAGCGCUAAAGGCAAAUAUGUUGUGGCAGCAGAAAUAUUUGCUAUCCUGGCCUCUAGCUCUGGAAUUUUGGGUUGUAUAUUUAUUCCAAAGUGCAAUAUUAUUCUUUUUAGAGCUGAUAAGAACACAAAGAACUUUAUAACAAAGAACUGA